AUGACACCUCAGGGAGUGGCAAUGACGGACAAUGAACGAAAGUAAGAUUGGCUACCACUUCCUCACAAUACCACUUCCUCAAACUUUAUACCAGUAUUAGAUUUGUUUUGUUUUAUGAAAUACCUCCGUUAUUAACUACAUACCAUAAUAUUACAUGUGUUUAGUUCUUCACAAUACCACCCUUCUCAAACUGUAUACCAUAAUACACUUUGUGUCAUAAUAACUAUAUGCUGUAUUCAUCACACGUAUCUUAUUUUUCCUACAACAUAACCCCUCCUGUAUUUUUCUCAACAGAGUGUUCUUUAGACAGAAUUUCCAUAUGAAGUCUACUCUUUACUCCGACAUAGACCCUAGCGACAAGAGGUACCAUCAACUCUUUUUCUGAGAAGAAGUUCUUUGUAAUGAGAUUAAAGUUUCUUUAAUGGUUAUCUUGAAAUCUAACUUGUUUGUUUUUUCUUGUAGAUGGGACUUGAAAACACCAACCUACUGCGGGAAAUUAAAGUAAGUUGGUUCUACUGCGGUAAUAAAUUCCCACGGUCUUCACAUUACAAUUCCCAAGAUUUUGUUAUCAUCUAGAAUUAGCAAACACAAACACAGCCACAAUCCCUUACCUCUAACUUAAUCUUACGUCCCCACGUGCCUGUUUUGCAUUUUACUAUUCAAUCCUCAAUUACGCUCCUCCAAAUUGUAAUCCUCCUGUUUUAUUUUCAUAUUGCUAGAUCAUUUGGUCUCGUUUUACGAAAAACAGGAGGAGUACACAAUGAAUGCCAUCUAUUUGGAGAAAUUUCCAAGGACUGGCCAUCCAGUAUCCUUGUUAAUAUACUAAACAGAUCCAUGGCGUCAUCAACGUAA